AUGGGUGCUGUUCAGGUUUUGAAUAAUGCUAAUAUAACGGCCGCCAUGAUUAAUGCAUCAGAUGGUACCCCACCACCAGCAUUACCAGUUGGAGCUACUGGCGCUACAGUUAUUCCAAUACAUAAUGUUUACAUAAUGUUCAUACAGAUGAGAAUUGAUGCUGAUACAGCGACUAAUGUACUGAAUGGUGCUACAAAUAACAAUAAUCCUAUAGUUUUUCCUGAUAUCAAUAUUAGUCAGGUCAUUUAUUGGUUUAAAAGGAAUUAUUCUACAGUUGUUCAAGAGCAACAAGAAUUGAUCUUUGGUAUUUUGACUUAA